AUGUCGACUGAAAAGGUUCUUUAUCAAUUGUAUCAACCUCAUGGUUCUGGUACUGUGUUUAUAUCAUGGCGCCCUGGUAAUAGCACACAUUUAGCAACUACUGGUUAUGAUUCCUCAGUUGCUAUUUUUGACAGACAAGGUGACUUACAAGAACGUAUUCAAAUUGCUGGUUUAUGCAGUGGUUUUGGAUGGGAUUCUGAUGGAGACCUAUUGGCCAUUAUAUCACAAAAUUCCUCUUCUAUCACAUUAUGGGAUGCAACAACUGGAAAAAAGUCACAAAUAGAUGCUGGUGUAAGAGAUGGGUUGACAUGUAUGAUAUGGGCAAAAAGAACUUGCUUAUUAGCAAUAGGAACCCAGAAAGGAAAUUUAGUACUUUAUGAUCAUAUAAAUGCCAAGCGAAUACCAAUUCUGGGAAAACAUAAAAAACGGAUAACUUGUGGUGCAUGGUCUUAUGAGGGUCUCCUUGCUUUAGCCAGUGAAGACAAAGUUUUAACAAUUAGUACAAGUGAUGGAGAUACUAGACGUGAGAUACCACUUCAAGGUGAUGCAUCUGAUAUUCAGUUUAAUGAGAUGAAAAUGGAUCACAGAGUUGGGGGUGAAAAUACAGUAUCUCUUAUUAUUAGUAAAACUACUUUAUUUCUGUAUAAUAUCUUGGAUCCAGAAAACCCUAUUGAGUUAGCUUUCCAAAAACGUUAUGGCCCUAUUGUUACUUAUAAAUGGUAUGGAGAUGGAUAUAUCUUAGUUGGUUUUGAAACUGGAUAUUUUACCGCAAUAUCUACACAUAUUAAAGAAGUUGGACAAGAAUUAUUUCAAAUUAAAAAUCAUAAAGAUUCUUUGACUGACUUAGCAAUAAGCCAAGUAAUAGGAAAAAUUGCUACAUGUGGAGAUAAUACUAUAAAAAUACAUAAUCUGCAAAAUUUAGAAGAAACUGAAAAAUUAAUUACAAUAAGCGGUGAAACUGGGAUUAAAACAGUAGAAUGGUCGAUGGAUGGUACAAUGAUAGCAGCUGUGACUUACAGUGGCAAUGUUUUAGUCUAUUUAAUACAAAUUCCAAAAUUAUUUAGCGUUUGCGGAAAUAGAAUUGCGCUACUUACUAGUUUAACAGAAGUAGCAGUCUAUCUUUAUACAUUAGAUAAGGAGAAGCCAGAACCAAUAAUAAUUAACACUAUAAUAGAACCGUCGGUAUUAGCAAUAGGUCCCAUGCAUGCAGCAGUCGGAUUAAAUAACAGAGCAUUGUUCUGGGACAUAUCUGAAUCUCGCUAUAAUACUACAGUACACUUCGAAAGGGAUUAUCUGGCGACAAUAGAUAGUAUACGAUUGAAUGAAACUUAUGUAUCUGUUUUAUUUGAUGGCAAAUUACAGUUGCACUCGAUUAAAACGGAUCAAACAUUAACAAAGAAAGAAAAAGAUACAAAAAUGUUUCCAGACUUAAGUGCUGCAGACUUUAAAAUAACGUGCCAUGCUCUUACUGCAGAUUUUUUGAUCUAUAGCAGUGAUAUGGGCCACAUAAUCUAUUUUUGCCUAGAAGUGUUUAAUCAGAGUACAGAACAUGUACACAAUAACGGUAUAAAGGACAUCUAUUUAGAUGCAAAUGGAACACAGUUGUGUUUCAUAGACAAUAAGUUUGACGCUUAUAUUUAUAAUCCUGUGCACGAAACUGUCGUGCAAAUUCUCGAUUGCCCGGACUGCAUUGAAGGUGUAAUUUGGGAUCAAAAUAUUUUGGAGCGAAAUAUAUUCGCUGUGUACAAUAAAACUAUCAUUACUACAUAUAUAUUUGUAAAAUAUUUUAUUGAAGGUACAAAAAUUGUAAAAAUUAAUACAACAAAAUUGCCAUCUGAAACAUUACCAUUGUUGAUCUAUUCUGGGGAGUUGACAUUAGGUACAAUAAGUAAAAAAUUAAUUCAAAUUACAUUAUCCUCUCACGAAGAUAUAGGAAAUAUCGUGGAAACUACAAAAUUAAAAGAAGUAUUACAAAAUCAAAUUCUUUGCAGAAGAUUUCAACAAGCAUGGAACACGUGCGAAAAAAUUAACGACAAAGAAUCGUGGUUAAAAUUAGGAGAGAGCGCGAUUGCAAAUUUAAAUAUUGACAUUGCAAUUCGAAUCUAUCGACACUUAGAAGAUGCUUCUAUGGUUUGGGCAUUGCAAAACAUGGAAAAUAUGGAUGACUUGUCACUGUUAUGUGGACAUGCAUGUAUUUUACUCGGUGAUUACAAUCAGGCAGAAACAUUUUUUUUACAAUCAUGUGAACCCGUACAAGCGUUGUAUUUAAGAAGAGAUUUAAUGCAGUGGGAACAAGCAUUGAAUUUGGCACAAAAAUUAAAGGCUGAUGAAAUUCCUUACAUUGCUAGAGAAUAUGCCCAACAAUUAGAAUUUACAGGUAAUUAUCCCAAAGCUUUGACAAACUACGAACGCGGAUUGAUGAAUUCAAAUAACGCAUCUAACUCAAAUAUACAAAAUCCGCAUCACCGAAAUCUUUGUCUUGCUGGUAUUGCGAGAAUGUCUAUCAGAUGUGGUGAUAGUAGAAGGGGCGUGAGCAUAGCUGUAGAUAAUGAAAGUUCAAGACAGUUACGAAAAGAGUGUGCAGAAAUAUUAGAAUCAAUGAAGCAAUUUAAUGAAGCUGCGUUACUAUACGAAAAAGCUGAAUAUUUUGAUAAAGCAGCGUCCGCUUAUAUAAAACUGAAAAAUUGGCAGAAAGUGGGCCAACUUUUACCACAAAUAUCAUCUGCUAAAAUCAACAUACAAUAUGCCAAAGCUAAAGAAAUCGAAGGCAAAUACGAGGAAGCAGCAAAAGCAUAUGAGACUGCAAAAGAUUUUGAAAACAUAAUUAGAAUUAAUCUAGAAUAUUUAAACAAUCCUGCACGAAGCGUCGAAGUGGUACAACAAACUAAAAGUAUAGAAGGAGCUAAAAUGGUUGCAAAAUACUUUCAGAAAAUGAAUGAUUAUAAUUCAGCAAUCAAAUUCUUAAUUUUAUCGAAUUGUCAUGAAGAAGCUUUCCAACUGGCUAAUCAGCAUGGAAAAAUGGAAUUGUAUGGGGAAAUCUUAAUAAAUACAAUUGAUGACAGCAAUGCACGAAAAGAAGACUUCCAAAGUCUUGCAAUGCAUUUCGAAAAUCAGAAAAAUAAUUUUUUGGCAGGAAAAUAUUACUUCCAUGCUAAAGAGUAUCAAAAAGCAUUACGACAUUUAUUAAAAGCUGCACAAUUAGUAUCAGACGAAAAUGAAGUCCUUUCAUUGGCCAUUGAUACAGUUGCUUCUUCAAAAGAGGACAAGUUAGCAAAUCAACUGAUAGAUUUCUUAUUGGGUGGGGAUGGAUUACCAAAGGAUCCGAAAUAUCUAUUCCGCUUGUACAUGGCCAGAAAGCAGUACAAAGAAGCCGCAAAAACGGCAAUCAUAAUUGCAAAUGAAGAACAAAUAAAUGGAAAUUAUAGAAAUGCUCAUGAUGUUCUGUUUGCCAUGUACCAAGAAUUAAAAAGGAAUAAGAUCAAUAUACCUUUAGAGAUGCAAAAUAACUUAAGACUUUUACAUUCGUAUAUUCUUGUUAGGCUUCAUGUAAAGAAGAAUGAUCAUUUACGCGGUGCUCGUAUGUUAAUAAGAGUAGCCAGUGAUAUCUCGAAAUUUCCAUCACAUAUCGUUCCAAUUUUGACUUCUACUGUAAUAGAAUGUCAAAGAUCUGGAUUGAAAUAUGCCGCAUUUAAUUUUGCUGCUAUGUUAAUGCGACCAGAAUAUAGAAGUCACAUUGAUGCCAAGUAUAGUAAAAAAAUUGAAGCAAUUGUAAGAAAGCCGCCGAAAUCGAAAGAUAGUGAAAUUGAAGAUGAACCUUUAACUCCUUGUCCAUAUUGCAAGAGUAAACUCCCAGAAACAGAAAUUACUUGUGAUAAAUGCAAAAAUACAAUACCUUUCUGUAUAGCUACAGGUCGUCAUAUCCUUGAAGACGAUUUUACAGCAUGCCCACAAUGUGAUUUUCCUGCUAUAAGAAGUGAAUUUUUAAGGAUCAUUGAAUCCGAAGAAACAUGUCCAAUGUGUUCGGAAAAAGUAGAUGUUAACAUGGUUUCAUCGAUCCUUAACAUCCGUCCGUAUCUUGAUUUUCAAGAAGGAAAAACUUCGGCGAAAACUUAAGCACUUUCAGUUAUAACUUAGCAGAUGUUUAAGAGAUAGAAGUGUUGAAUUAUCUUUAUGAAACGGUGCCGUCCAAUAU